AUGGCAGCAAAGUUUGAGAUGAGCGAUCUUGGUUUAUUAACAUAUUAUUUGGGAAUUGAAGUGUUACAAAGUAACGGUGGGAUCGUGCUCAAGCAAGAUAGAUACGCCCAAAGAAUCCUCGAAGAAGCUAAGAUGAGUACUUGUAACGUAACUCAUGUACCUAUGAAGUUAAACACAGGCUUCUCUAAGUCACCCGAUGAGGAAAAUAUUGAUGAGAGGGAGUAUCGCCGUGCCAUUGGAUGUCUCCGAUACGUACAACACACGCGUCAAGACCUAUCUUUUAGCGUUGGUGUUCUCAUCAGGUAUAUGCAAGAUCCUAGGACGCCUCAUGGUGAAGUCUUGAAGCAAGUUUUGAGAUAUCUUCCUGGUACUUGCCCUCUCGGACUAUACUACCCACGUGACAAAGGUACUGAGCUGUUGGGAUAUAGUGAUAGUUCUCAUAAUGUUGAUAUUGAUGAUGGUAAGAGUACGAUCGGCCACAUAUUUUACCUUGGUUAUAGUCCUAUAACGUGGUGCUCAACAAAGCAAGAAAUAGUUGCGUUAUCGUCUUGUGAAGCUGAGUUCAUGGCUGCGACAGAAGUGGCAAAACAGGCAAUAUGGUUGCAAGAACUUCUGAGUGAAGCUGUCGGGAAAGAAAGCAGAAAGGUGGUUAUCAAAGUCGACAACAAGACCGGCACUGAUGAUAAGCUUCCAAGUUAUUACAUAUUCGCGGAUUUUGUCUUUUUGCCUCUCACUCAGGCAUACAUGGAUCUUGCUGACGUAAGCGAAAGUUUAUCAGGAAAGAUUCCCAGAAAAGCCGGUGAACAGAUAGUCAUACUUUCUCAGGUUUUAGAGGAUGACGUCAAUGCAGGCUACAGAGAUUUAGAAGAUUUACAGCUAAAGGAAGUGAAUGGAGUGAAAGUUGACAAUAUGAAGCAUCUUCGUCAGCUCACAGAGAAAUGUUGUGUUAGUGCAAGAUGA